AUGUACCCUAACAGUGAUCUUGUCAGGAAGAUUCUUCGCUCACUACCACGUUCUUGGAAAGCCAAAGUGACAGCAAUACAAGAAGCCAAGGACCUCAAUAUCCUUCCUCUAGAAGAACUUCUUGGGUCACUGAUAACACAUGAACUCACCAUGAACCAACAUCUUGAGGAUGAGGAUCAGAAGAGAAAAGAAAUAGCAUUUAAAGCUUCCACCCAAAAGGAAUAUAAUGAGAGUAGUGAUGAAGGAGAAGAUGAGAAUGAGGAUGAUGAUAUUGCCCUCCUUGCAAAAAAAAUCAGUAAGUUUAUAAGGAGAAGGAAGAUGAACUUCAAAAGGUAUCCGAUAGUAAAAGGUGAGAUGGAAAAGAAUAAGGAGAAAGGGAAAGAUCCCUUAGUGUGUUAUGAGUGUAAGAGACCCGGACAUUUUAGGCUAGAUUGUCUGCUCUUAAAGAAAUUGCAAAAGAAAAAGAAGAAGGCAUUUGUUGCAAUGCGGGAAGAUAGUGAUGAAUCUUCAUCAGAAGAAGAAACCCAAAAAGUAGCCAAUAUUUGCCUUAUGGCUCAAGACAAUCAGGUAAGUUCUACUGCUUUACCAAGUUUCUCCUUUGAUGAAUUAUAUGAAUCUUUCAAUGAGCUAGUUAGUGACUAUAAGAAACUUGGUUUGAAAAAUAAAGAGUUAAGAAUUGAAAACAACACUUUAAAUGAUUUAUCAGAAAAAUACAAUGAAGAAAAACAAUUUUUAGCCAAUGAAGUACAAAUGCUGAAAUCUGAAAAACAGAAGAAGAUUAAACAAAAUGAAGAGCUGCUAAAUGAGAACCAAAACCUUAAAAAGGAAGUAGAUAAGUAUAAGGUAUGUCUUGCAGCCAACCAAGCUAAAAGGAAUUGGUACCUCGAUAGUGGCUGCUCAAGACACAUGACCGGUGAUAAAGAUGAAUUCUUCACCCUCGAAUCGAAAGAAGGAGGAGUGGUAACCUUCGGGGAUAAUAGUCAAGGUCAAAUCAUCGAUAUUGGUAAAAUUCGGAUCUCUCCUUCUACUUUCAUAGAUAAUGUGUUGAUGGACGAUCCUGAAGAUGACACCGAAAUUCUAGAAAAUGAGAUUGAAAGAAUUACUCUUGAAGAUUCAUCCAAUACCAACAAUGAAGAGGAUGUUGAACAAGCUGAGAUUGAAGUAGUUGAAGAACUAGAUCAUAAUCUACCCAAGGAGUGGAGAUAUGCAACUAGCACCCUAAGGAACUAA